UGAACGCGUCGGAAAGAUACAUCUUCGUGAACCCGCACGUUGGACGCACUCUCGUGGCACCACCCAUCAACAGGAACAUAAAGUGGAGUGUAGUCCACGCUGUUUGUAUGGUGAACAAUAGUGAAACACCUUGAAGCGUGUUUAGUACGACUGAAAUCAUAUAAGAAGGAAAUAUCUGUCCUGAUGUUAUCAGAAUACAUCUAAAAGCUGACACGAUUUUCUCAAGGAACGUUUUAACUCCCCAUGUCACACAGCCUUCACCCCAGCUGAUCCUGGAUCCUCUCCGAGAAUCGGUAGUUGCCUGUGACCCAUAGGAAAAAGCAUGCAAGCUGUAGGAAAACAAAGUGAGGCAUGUACUUGUUUUUUCUUAUCCUUCACAUCAACAGUACCCCACAAUGUCUCUUAAACUGGGCCAAAGCAUUGAAGUUGGUUUGCUCAAGUUUGCUGAAAAAGGCUUGUGAGUGUGUACAAUAGACUGAAAGGCCAGCCAUUAUGGCGAAGAGAGCCAGAAAGGCAGCAGAGCCAGAAGAUCCUCUGUGCUGCUGUGAGUUUGUGAACCAUGAAGGGGAACGGACUCACAUGGCAGCCUGCUUCUGUGACUGUGAGCACCUGGAUCAGGCCUGUGAUAGGUGGCUCAAGGGGGAGGCCCAGAAAGAGGGCGCCCUCUCGCAGGUGGUUGCGGUAGUGCAGGACAGACUGCGGGUGCCCUGGCUCUAUGGGGCGAGGCAGGUCGACCUGUCUGUCAUUCCGCCACUGGUGCUGCUCCCUGUCCUACUGCGCCUGGCAGCACUGCACUUGUUCCUGGGUGUGUUGGUGAUGAUUGGGCUGCCAGUGCUGGUGCUGUGGUACUACUAUGCAACGCACCGGAGGAAGGGCCGAAGCCUCUUUUUCCUCAGCCUCGCUCUUUUCUCCCUCGGCUACAUGUACUACCUCUUCCUCACGGAGGUGGUGCCGCGAGGUGACGUAGGCCUCCUGCAACUCUGUACUGUGACGAUAGGUGUGGUGUUCACCUUGUUCUUCCUCGCCUUGACCAAGAGGGACCCGGGGUAUUUGAAGCCCCACCCAGCUGACACCCAAAACAGUGUGAUCGACCAUGGCGGUCCACCUGAGCUCGCCUGCGCCCCCCGCAAUGGCGUAAGUCCGGCGGUGCAGUUGUACGCGAGGUCCAGUGAGAGCGCGAAGAGUAACUGGUGUCACACCUGCAGGGUCGUGCAGCCUCCUCGAGCAGGGCACUGCCGAAUCUGUGGCUUCUGUGUUCGCCGCUUGGACCACCACUGUGUCUGGAUUAACAGCUGCGUGGGACAGGCCAAUCACCGCUGCUUCCUGCUGACGAUCCUCCUCUUCCUGUUAACAUCAGUGUAUGGGAUAAGCCUGGUUCUACGCAGUGUGUGUCCCAAGCAGAACACGCUGUUUGCCCUACUGUACUGCCCUGGAGUCUAUACCCAGUACAGCACGGCAUUGUGUUUCACCUGUUCCUGGUACUGCAGCAUUGUGACAGGGGGGUUGCUGCACCUGCUCGUAGUGCAGUUCUUCAAUGUCAGCUACAAUGUGACAGAGCGUGAGGCACGACUAGCCCUACGUCAGAAGCAGGGACGAAGACACCUGUGGGGCCUCAUCGUCGAUACCGGGACCUACUCGCGUGGUUUUCUCGGCAACUGGACCGAGUUCUUGACCAUGAGUUCUUCCACUGAUGGCCCCUCCUUAAGCCUUACUGACCUUGUGUAGCACCCUGUUUCUCGUACGUCAAAGACGUGGGAUUUAUGCAGCUGCAAAAAAUAUUUUGCCAUGGUGCUGAUGGGUGGUGAAAUUCAAUUCUGCAAUCUCAGUACAUGUGCAUGCACACUUAGCUUCACCUCCUGUCAGCACUUGUGCAGUUCCCUUUUGUUUUGGGUUGGUGUGGUUGGCUUCCUGGCUUUUCCACUGUAUAUCGCUGGAUGGCAGUAUGGUAUCACUAGCCAACAUGCAGGCAAACUCUAAUGGUGUAUAUUUGGUCACAUAUAUACUAUAGAUAUUAGGCAUUUGAGGUUUAGCACAAUACUGCCCUUGCAUUACAUUUAUAGGGACUCAUCUCUCAUUAUCUUCUCUGUGCCUUGUUACUGAAUUUCUGCACAUUGGUUGCCCAGAAAUGUGGUCAUAUCAGUCAGUAAAAUGCAGUGCUCUCACUGGUUGCAAGUGACCCUGGCCCAUAUUUUGACA